GUUGAUAGGACAAACUGAACUGGGUCUGAGGGAAAAGAUAAUGUAAAUGAGACCUCCUUACCCAAGAGCCCAAGGCUUACUCAUCGCUACAGCUACGGGAUAGAUCAUCUUUUGCCACGUUGUCCAUGGAGAUGAAGGAACCAAUGGAAGGUCUACAUUUUGUGGGGAAGAAGGAUGAUCUGAUAAAGAGAAAACGAUCAUUCCGAACACUGGAGGGUAGAGAUAUACUGUUGGUUUAUCACCAGGGAAUAUUGUAUGCCCUGGACUACCACUGCUACCAUAAUGGGGGACCUCUGGAAAAUGGAGAUAUAGAGGAGAUUGGAGGCAAUCUGUGCAUCAUAUGCCCAAAGCACAAGUACAAGAUCAGUCUACUUCGUGGAGAAGGGCUGUAUGAGGCCACCGAUCACACUGCGGAGGUGCCAACCCGUAGGUGGUUCUCCAAAGGUGUGAAACAAAGAGUGCACACAGUGAUGGAAACAAACGGGGACGUCUACGUCAAGCUGUCCGCACAUCCGGGAUAUGUGGACUCUGACUUUUACCAAGGGGAAAAGGGGAAACUGGAGAGGGAGAAGGCCUUAGCGGCGGAAGCAGCAAACAAAGCAAAAAAGACAGCUUCAUUGGUCAUCGCAGACAGUGAAUCUGACUGAUAACCAUUGUGGACGUGUGGGUAAGGGGGAGACUGGGGACAAUCGCAACAAGGGGCAGUUGCAACAAGUCUUAUUCCUCCAAUCAGAAACAUGCUAGAGUGAUGACACUCAUACUGCACAUGCACAGUUAGAUCCCUCCCACUACCAAGAAGAAAGAAGACACAUUCGAGAUCUGCUGCUGCAUUCAUUGACAAAACUUGUUUUGGAGGUAUGAAAGUAAAUUUUUUCAUUAAGUUUAUUUUUGUCAUACUGUCCUGACCGUUUGUAUGAAUUAAUCAAAACGUACUUAGUUUGAAUUAUUGUUUUGUUGACUUCGAAGUGACAUGGUUAGCAUGUGUCAAUGUCAGUGUGGCUAGCUAGCACAUUAUGUUUUGUCAUGGCUGCUUGAUUGGGGACGGUUGCAACAAGUUGUUGCAACUGUCCCCUAGCUAAGCAGCAAUAUCAAAACAGACCACACAACAGUAUUUCUCAACAUAAACAAGUCAUUUAGUUUGUUUUCAGUAUGCCAAGAGUGAGGAAGAGGGUGACUAACAGAGGGGUUCCCCUCAAUAUUUUGGAACGAGCAUCAAAUAUAAUCAGGGAUGAGGGCAGGUCAGUCAGGGCAGUGGCCAAGGACUUUGCCAUCUGUCACACCACGUUAUACAGAUUCCAUAAAAAAAGAGAGAACCUUACAGCCCAGGGAUCAAAUAAGCUACCAAGAGCAGGGUACUAGACCAGCAGAAAAGUGUUCUCAGAGGACCAAGAGAGGAAACUCAGAGAGUAUUUAAAAAGAGCAGCUGACUUAUACUAUGGGUUAAAUCCCAAAGAGGUAAGAUAAAUAUGCGAGGAAAAACACAUUUUAACAAGAGAAUUAUGUAGCCUAUAUAAGAGAGUGAAAGACAGAGAAUCAGUUUUAAAACAGUUGCAGUUUUGUACAAUAAAUACAUGUUUAAUAAAAGUUUGUUGCAUUGCAAAUUGUUCAAUUCUUGCCUGUGAAAUAUGGAGAGAUUGAAUAGCAUCUGUAACACCUGCACACUGAAUCUAUGUAGGCCUAUGUUUUACACAUGAACAAAACUCAAUAACUGUUAUUUGAUAAAUAUGACAAAAUAAAUAAAUAAUACAAUAAUAUUAUUGUAUAAAUAAAUAAUACGAUAAUAUUAUAGUAACACAGUUAUUAUUUUCAGAAUUCUAUGCUCAUUGAGACAAAAAGCUAAAGUUAAUUAGUGAAACUUAAGGUACUUUUAACAUGUUGCAACUGCCCCUGAUUGUUGUUGCAACUGUCCCCUGGGUUGGGGUCAGUUGCAACAUCUGGCUUCUUCCAUUCAAAUGAAUACUUGAACGAUAUGUCAUAUGUAAUCAUCUUUAAAUGGUAUGGGUAAUUAGCAGACAGAUGCAAGUUUGAUAUAUACAAAUUUGGUUGGUCUAGUCCAAAUAGUCUCUGAGAAACUGAGAGAAAUGUAAAAAGUGUUGCGACGGUCCCCAGUCUCCCCUAAUUUACGGCAACUUAUAUUUUAUUUUAUUGUAUAUUUAAUUCUAUUCUAAUCCCACUUAGUACUGCUAGUUUAUGUACCCUUAGUAUAGAUAGUCCACAUAUUUAAAUUUUAGGUAUAUGUUUAUUGUAUGCACCUUCCUGCCAAAGCAAAUUCCUUGUCUGUGCAAACUUUCAUGGCGAAUAAAUCCCAUUCUGAUUCUGAUUCUGAUUCUAAUGUAUUUGUUAUUCUGAUGGUGUGGUAAUAAAGCUUUUUAAACAACAUCACAACUCAGAAAACUUCCGUGUGACAUGUUAUAUUUCCCAUGAAAACAAGAAAUUAAACUGCUCCGUAUGU